CCCACGCUGGUGCGAGGAACCGUAUUGUACACUAAUCUACCAAAUUAAGCCAUCCACACUGAUAAGAUGUUCGCCAAAGAAGAAUUCACUUAGUUUAAAUAGAAUCGGAAAAUCAAACGAACGCAUCAGUAUCGAGUUGUCCAUCUUGAACUUCUGAAGAUCGAAUCCAGCGUAACCUCCAAAAUGUCAUUGAAGUCUGAUGAAGUGUUCGCCAAAAUCGCCAAACGGUUGGAGAAAGUUGACCCGAGUAAUCGCCAGGUCGAGCACGUUUACAAAUUCAACAUCACCAAAGAUGGCAAGGUCGUCAAAAGUUGGAUCCUGGAUCUGAAGAACGUCAAGGUGUACGAGUCGAGUGCCGAAGCCGAGGCUACUUUAACCAUGGACGACGAAAUCAUGUUCUCUAUCGGAACAGGUGCUCUUCCUGCCAAGGAAGCUAUGGCCCAGGACAAGAUGGAAGUCGAUGGACAAGUUGAGCUGAUCUUCUUGCUGGAACCCUUCAUCGCUUCGUUGAAGUGAAAAAAACCUGUUCUUUCAUUGCAGUCACGGAAGUCAUUUAGUUCAUUUUUAUUUUUAAAAACAUUUGUUUGGUUAUUUCGUCAUUAAACAUUCUUUUUAUCAAAA